UGUUGAGUUGAGACGAUGUCUGCGAUCGAUUUGAAUACGCGCUGAACGUAAUCGAACGCGCGUUCGAAAUAUAAUUAUAAAUUGACAAUUUAAGUGCUUUUUAUUUUUGUGUUAAAAGACGUGCCAGUAACAAAGUUGUUUAGUGGUUUACAAAAUAUAAUUAUCUAUGACGAUUUGAAUUUUUGUUUCUUUUUUGGAUGUUCGUUUUUUAUGGCAAAGGAUUGUCACUGAAAAUGUCUAAUUUCAGUACAAAUGGAGACGCUGUCCAGUCUACUGUUAAAGAUCGUAUGUUAGAAAGAGACGCUGGUUUUGUUUCGGGUGGUGAGGACGACGAUUCAUGCUCGGGACCUGCGCACUCAGAUGACUCCGGAGUUCGGCUGGUGGAGUCUGAGACCCGGAACAAGCGGGAGCGGACACCCAGCCGACUCCAGCCUCCAAAGAAACGAAUACGCCUCAGUUCCAGUGAUGACGUGGCCAGCCCCGACAGUGACUCGCAGAACCCGUUUCGGCCGUGGUCUUUCACCGAAGAACCGCAGAGAGAGCCUUUGUCUUUAGUCAAGAAAAGCGGUGAAACUAGUCUUUUGAGGCAAAGGAGGAGACCGUUAGAUCCCCCUCCGCCCCCCGUACCGCCUAUUCCCCCGCCGCCCGAACCGCAAGGACUUCCAAGAGUGCCCCCUCAUCCGGGAGUAAUGGAGUACCCUGAAAAAUCAAAACCCAGGGAGCAAAGGAAUUACAAGAACAUGACCCGCGAGAGACGGAUAGAAGCCAAUGCCAGGGAAAGGACGAGGGUCCAUACCAUAAGUGCGGCGUUCGACACGCUAAGGCGUUCCGUUCCCGCCUACAGCCAUAACCAAAAGCUAUCGAAGCUUUCGGUUUUAAGGAUAGCGUGCGCGUACAUUGCGGCACUUUCCGCAGUCAUCGAGCCGGACAGUGACCUCAACAACGCAGUGGAUAACGUGACACACACGAUACACACUGAAGGAAAAUUAAGAAAAAAGAAGGAUGAAUCUUGAACGAAAAUCACUUGAACCUUACUUCGGUGUUCGUGAUUUUUGUUCAGUGAAAAUCCUUCGGGAUUUUUGAUAUUGUUUUAUGUAUUCUAAAUUCCAUUACAAGACAAAAAGGCAGAUCAUUUACCAAUGAAAAUUGAAAAACAUUUGUCUUUUAGAACGAUGUACUUUGUUCUUUGUAAAGCGUAAUACGAAUUUGUAAAACUAUUGAUUAAAUAUACCGUCCCAAGUGGCCUAUACAAAAUUAUAACUGGUACAAUUUUAUGACAAUAAUGUUGAAUACAAAAUUUUAAAUACCUAUUAAAUUAGGUUGUUGAUACAUUCAUAAUGAUUUAGUGUUAUGAGCUUCACUCUUAAAUAGUAAAUCUGUAGGAGUCUUUGACAUCGGCAUGCGCUUUGAAACUUAUUGCCAUUAAAAACAUAUAUCUUUAUGUUAUCUAAAAAUAUUCCUGUUACUGAUUAAGAAUUACUUAUAUAUAAAACAGCUAAAUUGGUUUGUGCGGGCAGCGCGAGAUGCGUCCGUAAAUCGAAUCUCAUUUGUUACUAUUAUUAUGACUGAUCAUUUUGAGAUGUCCUUGAAGAUGUCGUGCAAACUUACUGCGUAUUGAAAAGUUCCUUGGAAACAGGAGAUCUCUCUAAUAUUUAAAAUGGCGAUGUCAAAAUUUUUCGUCAUUGGUAGUAAAUUAAAAUAAGAUUUUUUGUUAUUGUUUGCAACACAUCUGUGCCAUUCUGACCUUGAAAAAUAAAAAAAAGAAGCCAAUAGCAGUAUCUUUGACUGAAAAAAAGACAAAAUGGCAUGUUUGCCGUUAAAAUUACCGAGAAUCCUAUCCGAAACCAUGUUAACCAUUCCUUCGACCCAGUAUUAAGCAUAAGGGUGAAACAGAGUGAUGUAAAAAUUAAAACACCAUGUAUGUGGCUUUAAAACUAAUAUAUGUAUAUUUAUCAAAAAUGAGUCACUAAUAUUAAGAAAAUAAUUAAGGGAGAUUGUUAUUGCAUUUGUGUAAAUAGUUAGAGGGUAGUUAGUAUUUGUAAUAUUUUGUAAGGUAUGUGUUAUGAACGAGAAGGCUCUCAUUAUUGUAAUUUUUUUGUAACUGGUCAUCGAUGUCAUUACACCAGCCAAAUUAUAAUACAAGUAACUUUUACGCACGUGUCGAUUACUAUAUUUAAACAUUGAAUACAAUGGCUUUGUCAUGUUCCGGAAGCUUGCGAUGCGAUUUUUUUUAUUGCCCUUGUAGGCAGACGAGCAUACGGCCCUGAUGGUGAGUGGUUACUGUCGCCCAUGGACUUCAGCAAUGCCAGGGGCAGAGCCAAGUCGCUGCCUACCGCUUAAUACUCUCCACAAGCUUGAUUAUCACGUAAAAAUACUAUUUGGGAUACUUCUAAAUUAUUCUAGCU